UAAAGUAGUCUUCUUCCCUCGUCCCCAAGUUAGAGAGGAAGGGGGACAGAGAAGAACAAAAGGCACACGCGCUGAGAAAACAUGGUUUUUAUCGGGGGUAAGAGAGUCCGAAGAGACUAAAGAAACAGCAGCUGAGAUGGCCAAACACUGGUUUCGUUCAUGGAAUUUCGCGGGAAUAUUCGUUGGUUCCGAAGAAUUUUGGCGGGAGAACGUUCAUGGUGGAUGGGCCACGAUCAUCGUCCUGCUCUUUAUCGUCAUCUGGCACUCCGCUAGGUCAUUUCCCAAGCGUUUCAGAUCCUCGUCGUCUCCACAAAAUGCGAAAACGACCUUUUCUCCUUCUGGAAAUCCGCAAAUCAAGGAUAUAUCUUUCUACUGCAGAGUAUCGGAGAUUGUAUCCGAUGAUGACUUGAAAAUUUUGAUAAAAGAUUUGGAUGGGAGGCUUGAUGAGACGGAGAAAUGGGAGGAUGUCAUAGAAAAAAGAAAUGAAAUGCUAUCAUAUAAUGCAAAGUGCUGCAAACCGAAGGAUGGCCCCCUGAAGUAUCUGAGUGUAACAAUAUUUGAGGAUUGCACCACAGAAUUGGUGAGAGAUUUUUACAUGGACAAUGAAUAUAGGAAACAGUGGGACAAGACAUGGAUAGAGCAUGAACAAUUGCAGAUUGAUGAAUCUAAUGGAACAGAAAUUGGCCGGUCGGUUAAAAAGUUCCCACUCUUAACUCCAAGAGAGUAUGUAUUGACUUGGCGGUUGUGGGAAGGGAAAGAUAAGACGUUCUACUGUUUUAUCAAGGAAUGUCAGCAUGCUUUGGCACCACUUCAGAAGAAGUAUGUUCGUGUUGGCUUCUUCAGAUCUGGAUGGCGAAUCAGGAAGGUACCUGGUAGAAAUGCCUGUGAGAUCAAAAUGGUGCACCAAGAAGAUGCUGGAUUGAAUGUAGAAAUGACAAAACUUGUAUUUGCCAAGGGCAUAUGGAGUUAUGUUUGUAAAAUGGAUAGUGCUUUGCGCAAAUACUCUCUAAGAAGCUGCCCUCAUCCAAGAUCAUCUCUGACUGCAGUUAAUUUUAUCCAGAAGGUCCCGCCUGAGUUUGAAAUCAUGCCUACGGAGAUCCAUCCAAACUUUCUGGGAAGCUCCGUUUCUAGUUCCAGCAGCAGGCAGGUUGUUGGUGAUGUCAAAGAGAGGAAAAUUUCAAGGCCAUCAAAGAAAUGGAUUGCUAAUGGCCUACUUCUGCUUGGGGGUGUCAUUUGCCUUUGUCGUGGCCACUCUGCUGUUGGUGCAAAACUUGCUGUUGCAUGCAUCUUGAAGAAGCUUGCGAAGCAUAAAUCUUCAACAAGUCAAACUGGGCAAAGCCAGGCCGUGCAUGACUCGUUAUAUCGUAACUGAUUCUGGGGGCUUAGUGAUCUACUACAGAUAGUUAAUUCAUACAUCUAUAGUAUAGAUUCAAUUUCUCUGCAAUUCCUUAAUUUCCUUUGUUUUGUAUGUAUCUGAAAUUUUGUAUCUAUCGAAAUAGUAAAUAGAAGCAACUAUAUAAUUCAUCUUGUUGGGUC